CCAGAUGGCUGGGUCUUGCUUUUUGUUUCUCAUGCUAAAUACAAAGCUUUCAUUUCUCAUAGUACAUGUUCUGUGUUCUCUGAUAAUUUUAUCUGUUCUGUGUCACAUUUCGCAAAUUUUUCGUGGUUGCACUGAGUAUAGAUCAAUUCCAUCGAAAUGCUUAGACAUAUAUUGCGGCCGAUCGUUCGCAACUUUAAAAACGGCACUCGUUCCGCCAGCUCACAUGCAGCAGUGGAUGUUAAAUUGCCGACAAUAAAUGACAUACCUCAACCAUGCGGGCCAUGGAAAGAACACUAUGACGCAAGACAAAAGGUUUACAAUGCCCAGUUAAUCGCAGGACUUGCUGUCCUAAUUAGCACUAUAACUUAUAUAAAAAUGUCAGGCGUUAUUUUCUUUAACUUCAACCCACCCGAGGAGCCUGCUGAAAACAAAUAAACAUGGAAGAUGAGUUGAUAAUAGAUAAAAGCAAUUUGGCCACACAGUUGUUGAGAAUGUUAUGUACUUUAUUGUGCAAAUGUAACACGCAAUAACUUGUAUUCUCCUCAAUAAAUAGUUCAUAUUUAUGACUUUA